AUGAUGUGGUUAAGAGGCAAAAGAAAGACGUUGGUUGAGAAGUAUACCGAAGAAUUAACUGAUAUCACCUCACAAAUCCACCAGUUGGAUCAAAAGCUGAAGAGCUCACAGGAGGCUAGCGACAAACUACAAUCACAACUGAAUUAUUAUGGUUUGGCCACAGCAGCACUGGUACUAGGUUACAUGCAUAUGAUUUACCACAGUGUUUUACCCUAUUCCAUUGCGUCUGCCAUAGCAACACUGGCAUUAGCAGGUUUAAUUAAGAGCCUAGCAUCGAAAAUAGACCAAUGGCAGAGAGAACGACAGUCAAGACGAUUGAAUCGUCUUAGAGCAUCACACCAGCAGAAACUAAACAAAUUGAAAGAAGAGACGAACUUCCAUGCAACCAAUUCUGUGAUUCAAAGGUUCUCACAAGGUGAAGACCAAACUGAAGAUGCUAUGUUACUAAUGGAUGACGAAAUUGUUAAGAAGUACCAGGAAUUGAAAAAUCUACAGGAAGAACUAAAUCAAUUCCGCAAGACUGGUAAUUCAAAGGAUAAACAGGAGCGUGACAAAUGGUUUGACAAAGUAUUAAACGUACUAGCAGGAGGUGAUAUACCCAGACCAAUAGUUUGUACCCAAUGUCACAAACAUUCUGGAGCAUACACUGUUGGCGAUGGUCCCCUAGUAUACAUAUGUCCCUUAUGCGGUUGGCGGGAACCACCACUAGAGGAGAAGAGGAAGGAGGAAGACGAAGUAUCGAGUAAAUAA